AUGGGAAGCCAGCUUCUGUCCACCGUCGAGCGUCGCGAGGUCCUCCCGGAGAGCUAUAUCCGGCCGGAGUUCGACAGGCCGCGACUCGCCGAAGUGAUGACGGACAGCGACGUGCCGCUCAUCGACCUCGCGUCGCCGGAUAAGCAACGAGUCAUCGCCCAGAUUGGUCUGGCUUGCCGGACCUAUGGCUUCUUCCAGGUCAUAAACCAUGGAAUAGAAGAGGAGCUACUGGAGAAGAUGAUGGCCGUUGGUCUGGAGUUCUUCCGUCUGCCGCCGGAGGAGAAGGAGAAGCUGUACUCAGAUGAGCCGUCCAAGAAGAUAAGGCUCUCCACCAGCUUCAACGUCCGCAAGGAGACGGUGCACAACUGGAGGGACUAUCUGCGCCUUCACUGCCACCCGCUGGAGGAGUUCUUGCCCGAAUGGCCGUCCAAUCCUGAAUCCUUCAAGGAGAUAGCCAGCGCGUACUGCCGCGAGGUCAGGCUGCUCGGUCUCCGGCUUCUCGGCAUGAUCUCCCUCAGCCUGGACCUCGAGGAGGACUACAUCGAGAAGGCCCUCGGCGAGCAGGAGCAGCACAUGGCCGUGAACUACUACCCGCAGUGCCCGGAGCCCGAGCUCACCUACGGUCUGCCGAAGCACACGGAUCCCAACGCCCUCACCAUCCUCCUCCAGGACCCCAACGUUGCCGGCCUUCAAGUCCUCAAGGGCGGCGACCAAUGGAUCGCCGUCAGCCCCCUGCAAAACGCUUUCGUCGUCAACCUAGGCGAUCAGUUACAGGCGCUAAGCAACGGCGCGUACAAGAGCGUGUGGCACCGUGCGGUGGUGAACGCCGCGCGAGAGCGCAUGUCGGUGGCAUCUUUCCUGUGCCCGUGCAACAGCGCGGUGAUCAGCCCCGCGGCGGCGCUCGUCCGCGACGGGGACGUGCCCGUGUACCGGAGCUACACCUACGACGAGUACUACAAGAAGUUCUGGAGCAGGAGCCUGGAGCAGGAGCACUGCCUGGAGCUUUUCAGAAGCACCCAGCUCCAGUAA